ACUAUUACAGUAUCUAGUGUUGUUAUUUGUUUUCUAACGCCCGCCUCCCCCUUCUAGCAAUGUGGUUUGGUACAUGAGUAGGGGGACAUGUAGAGAUGUGUGAAUGGGGAGUGAGCACAACACGUUGCACCAGCUCAAGCUAUUCGUCAACAAUGCUAAGCUAAAAGAGCCCCCAGGUCUCUUCACUAAAGGUGACCCUUAUGCGGAAGUGACGGUUGACGGCCAGCCACCACACAAGACGGACCAUGCUAAGGGAACCUGGGAACCCUGUUGGAAUCACUCCUUUGAUUUGCUGGUGAGUGAGAGAUCAGAGAUAGAGAUUAAAGUGUACAUAAAGUACCGCUUUAAGAACGACCUGUACGUGGGCUCCAACUCUCUGAACCUGGCCCAACUUCUCCAACAAAACGGAGGUUGUCUCCACAACAUUGACAAACACGUGGUCUUGUUUGAUAAGAACAAAACCAACAAUGUGGGCGCUGUUUUUCUUACCUUCAAUAUGGAGGUGGAUGUGGAUACUCUGAGUAACAUGAUAGAGGGGAUGGCUACUACUUCUGGUACUUCUCCUGGACCUUCAAGUGCACGAUUACAAGAGAACGGCGGGUCUACAUCAGCAGAAGAUGAAGAAGAGCCACUGCCGCAGGGCUGGGAAAUGAAGGUUGAUGGUAACGGGCGGAGAUACUACGUGGACCACAACAGUAGAACCACAGCCUGGAGCCGACCUAAACCCCUCCCUACUGGCUGGGAACAGAGACAAGACCCCAGAGGCAGGCCAUACUAUGUGGACCAUAACUCCAGGACCACCACUUGGCAGCGACCCACUACUGAGAAUGUAUUAGAGUUCCAGUGUUGGCGGAGACAGUUAUCUGAUAACCAGGAAGCUAACCGAGUAAACCUGGAGAACAGAUACGCGAACAGCAGUAGCGCUGCGGAGACCACCCCACCAAGUGCUGCUACAACAGGUAGUGGUAGUGGUAGUGCUACUACCGCUGCUAGUACUGAGGAACCUCUACCUAGUGGCUGGGAGAAGAGGGUUAUGGACAAUGGCAGAGUUUACUAUGUUAACCAUGAAACAAGGACCACACAAUGGGAGGAUCCCAGAGUGCAGAUAAAGAAAGCCAGUAACCUGCCCCUCCCGCCCGGCUGGGAGGAGAGAUACACUUUAGAUAAUACUAAAUACUUUGUAGAUCACAACACUCGUUCCACCACAUUCCAGGAUCCUAGGGUCGCUACCAGUGCUGCCAGCUCAGGAAUUCAUUACGAACGAUCUUAUCGCUGGAAGUUCGGACAAUUCAGACAUCUGUGUAGCCGUGCUAGCCUCCCCACCGGCCACAUCAAGAUAACAGUCAGUCGGAACAGUGUCUUCGAGGAUUCCUUUAACCAGAUUCUUGGCAUUGCACCUCAGGACCUCAAACGAAGACUCUUCAUUUCCUUCAAAGGAGAAGAAGGUUUGGAUUACGGUGGGCUUGCUCGAGAAUGGUUCUUCCUUCUGUCCCACGAGAUGUUAAACCCAAUGUACUGUCUAUUUGAGUACGCCAGUAAGAAUAACUACAGUUUACAGAUAAACCCCGCCUCUUACGUCAACCCUCACCAUCUCACUUACUUUAAGUUUGUUGGAAGGGUUAUUGCUUUGGCUCUCUUCCAUAACAAGUACAUUGAUAAGGGCUUCACUCUGCCCUUCUACAAGAGAAUCCUGGAUAAGCCCCUUACCAUGCUCGAUCUUAAGAGCAUAGACGAGGAUUUCUAUAACUCCUUGAAAUGGGUGAAGGAGAAUGAUCUGGAGGAAUGUGGUUUAGAGCUUUACUUCGCUCACGAGUUUGAAGUACUGGGUGAAGUAAAGAUACACGAACUAAAGCCAGGAGGAGAGGAUAUCAUGGUGACUGAGGAGAACAAGGAAGAGUACGUUAACAUGAUGGUGUCCUGGAGAUUUACCCGCGGUGUGGAGGAACAAUUCAAAGCCUUCCUGGAGGGAUUCAACGAGAUAGUUCCAAUACAAUGGUUACAAUACUUUGACGAGCGAGAGUUGGAGUUGAUACUUGUGGGGAUACAGGACUUUGAUAUCCAGGACUGGCAAGCUCACACAAUCUACCGGAACUACAGGCGAUCAGACAAGCAGAUACAGUGGUUCUGGCAGUUUGUGGCUGAUAUCAGUGACGAGCAGAGAUCGCGACUCUUGCAGUUUGUUACUGGAACGUGCAGACUUCCUAUCGGCGGAUUUAGCGAGUUGAUGGGAAGCAAUGGAGCUCAGAAGUUCUGCAUCGAACGAGUUGGAAAAGAGAACUGGCUACCAAGAUCCCACACAUGCUUCAACAGACUGGACUUACCCCCGUACAGGUCCUACGAACAAUUAAAGGAAAAACUCUUAUUCGCCACCGAGGAAACUGAGGGCUUCGGACAAGAAUAGAGAGAUCAGUUUAAAGACUAUAUAAUAUAUUACUUGUAGAAAAAAUUUUGGUUUCGAGUCUCAACACUCUUCGUUAAUAGAUUUGUAAUUUAGCGAUGAUUUGGAAUUUAUUGAGGUUGACAGGGCAGUACAAAGCCUUUAAUUAUUUGGUUGGUGUACACUGUACUGUGACCAUACAGAUUUAUGAUUUGAAAUAUCGAAUUUUGAUUUGAUAUAUCAUUUUGGUUUGAUAUGUCACGUGUUUCAGCAUUUGGAAAAUAAAAGACCGUACAUUAUAAUUUUAGGGAUGUAUGUUGAUUGACUUAAAUGCUGAUUUUUAAACAAAAUUCCCGUA